UGUAAAACAUGUUGACGGUAUAUAAAAUAACGACUCCACUUGAUAAAUCGCAGAGAGUAGAGAUAAUACUUAUCAUUAAGAUUACUGCAUAAUAUUAUCAUUUAAUUAUUUUAUUAAUAUUUUUGGAAAAACAAACGGUAUGUUUGGUAAUAUUUUUUCUGAUUGGUGUGCAAAGAAAUAUUUUAUCUUUUAUCCACCUUAAACAGGAAUCAUUGUUAGAACAAAUAAAUCUUUUUAUAAUAUCUAUCAUCUCCAAGUAUACAUUUAAUAUCAUUUUUUAACAGAUCUGUUUAAAGAGUUAAAAACAUGGAAGAGCAUUCAUAUGUAUCAUGUAUCAAAAUUAAUGGAAUUCCUAUUUUACCACCUAUGAUAACUAAAGAUAUCAGACAGGAAAUGUCUAACUAUAAAGAGAGUGCAAUAAAUAUAGAAAAGAAGUUAGCAGUUUUACGUGCUGCCAAAAAAUCUAAUAAUUAUGAUAUUUAUAAAGAAAACGUUAGGAACAAAUCUAAAGAUGUGCAGCUCAGAAAAAAAAAUUAUAGGUUUAAAGAAGACUUAGUUCCUGUUGAAUCUAGGAAUGGUAAUUUUAAUGAAACCGAUGUUCCAGUAGAAAUCUCUGAAAAUUUACAGUGCAGUAAACGAUUAGAUACUAAAUAUAAGUUAGAGAAUCAAACAAAUCUAACUUCUAAUACCAUGUUAAGAUCAGAAUUGGUAACAGUUACUAACAGCACGGAUCAUUAUUUAAAUGAAACAGUUUCUGAAAAGCCUGAAGUUGAAGUAGUAUCAAACGCUUGGAAACCACAAGUGCCUAAAACUUUAAAUAUUAUACCAUUGACUCUGAGUGACUCUAACUGUAGGAGGAACGAAGAAUACCAAGAAAGUGGAUCGGACAAUACGGAAGAUACUCCUAAAUUAGUGCGUCAAGGUUCUUAUGUGUUAGACGCUCCAAGCCCCAUAUUAUUAGCGCAUAUGCAAAUGAAAUUGGCCAGUCCGACUUGUACUCCCUGUUCAGAAUAUAUGCCAACGUCGUAUGCAAAUACGGCAUGCCGAAAGGAGUGGAACAUUGCACAAGGUAAAAUUGAAUGGGAACAUGAGGCUAAAAACAAGGAACCUUUUCCUGCAGCAUUCCCGACGCAAACAAGAAGCACCUCUUGUAAUAGAGGCCGUACAAUGCGUAAAUCAGUUUCAUUACAAGCAAAGCCUAAAUCCUUGUCUGCAUCUACUUACUCAUCUGCAAGAUCCGUUGAUUGUAUUCAAACAAUGUUAGCACAAGAACAUAUGAACAGAAGUAAUAUAGAAAUUAAUUAUGAUAAAAAAUACAAUGUAAAUAGUAGCAACGAAAAAAUGCCUAAAUUUCAAAGAUGGAAACGAUGCAAUAAUUUUUCCACCUUUAAUUCAACGUAUAGAUUCGGCGGUUCCUUGGAAAAUCUAGAUAAUUCCAGUGGAUUUUCUAAAUUCACAGAAGGCCAAUAUAAUAAUAUUUCUACAAAAAACAAUUUAACAAUCAACCCUGCCUUCCAAUUGAAGUCUUCCACUGCAUCCGAUAAACUUUUGACGGUCUAUAAGAAGGUACAAGAAAUGCAUAAAAAACAAAUGGCUGAACUGAUGUCUCGUCAACAGAAAGAACAAACAUUACUUCAACAAGAAUUUGAAAAACAACAAUUCCUUUUACUAACUGAGAUUAGAAAAUCAUUUCCAGAACUUUCUGUUUCAUUACUCUCUGAAAAUAUUUUAUCUCCUGCUUUUAAUCAGAGUGAAAAUAACAAUGAAAAGUUCUUUGAACACAUUGAUAAUAAUAUGAAAAGUACUAAAAUUUUAGAAAGUAAUUUGCAACAAGAAAAUAGAGUAGAAUAUUUACAGGAUGAUAGUACGAAAAUGAUUCUAUGUCCGGUAGAUUAUAUUUAUUCUGAAAUAAAUCAUUGUACAGAAUCUUGUACUGUUAAAGAUUCACGUUCGACUGAAUCAUUAGUAACAAAACCGUCAUAUAAAAUUGAUAAUUUUACAUCAGAGAAAAAAGAAUCAGAGAUUCGUACACAUAAUACAAAAAGCUAUGAGAAUGAAUUAACCAAAGAAAUGAACAGCUGUAAACGUUCUAAUGUUAGUCGACAAUUAUUUCCUUUAGAUAGUAAAACUACCCAUGUUCCAAUUAUUGAAAGGACAAUGUAUGGAACUAAACAUAUAGAAGCAGUAAAUAUAAUCAAUGCAUACGCAAGGGGCUAUUUGGUGCGUAGAAUGAUGCGAACAGAGCGUGUGAUUGCUUUAAAAAAUACAUAUAAAGAAGCUUUACAUUGUAUGCUUAAACUUCAUGUUGAUGCACCUCUUAAUCGAUCAGAAUUUAAUUUUUUGCAACGUCUUCAAUUGCAGUGUGAUGCAGCUUCUAUGAAUAUAGUGGAGUUAUUUGCCCAAAGUCCUGUGAAAAGAAUGCAAAUAAUAGCGCAAGAUCGUGAAAUCAAGCAGUUUCGCAUAGAACGUCCAACAUCUGCAAGAUCAUAUUCAUUUGCAACUCAGCGAACCUUAGCCAGGAAAAAAUUGAAGGAGAUGGAAGAGUAUCAACCUGCUUCAUUUGUUCGUACAUGUUUAUCUACUAGAUCUAGAUGUCAAACUUGGACUUCCGAUGUUAAAGAAAGACUCAUCUCUCCAAACAUUUUAUAUCAUAGUAUUAAAAGAAGUACUAGCGCUGGGACUGUACGAAAACCAUGGCGGUAAAAAUGAUAAUAGUGCCUUUUAUUAUUAAUUUUGUUACAUUGAAUAUGUGCGUAAAAAUUAUAACAUGUGAACAAAUUCACUUUGUGCCUGAAUUUUUAAAUAAAUUUGUUUUAUAUAAAA